AUGUGUCACUCCCAAACUAGAAUUGGUGUCCACUUUCCUACCUUGUACCUUUUCCCCUUUUUUUCUUUGGUUCCUUUCGAUGUCGCGUUUGACCGGCGAACCCGACCGAGGAUCUCAGCCGCCACGGUCUUCCUCUGGGUCUCCUGCGUGUUGGCGAUCUUGAUCACCGCCGGGAUGUUUUGGCUCUUCCUGCAGAACCACAUGGCGGGUCAACAUCGCCAUGCUGCCACACACUUUGCCCUGUGCACGGUCUGUGGCUUGAUGGCUCCCAUCUUCUACGGCCUUUGGUUUCGCCUUACCUGUCGCGAGACCACGCGCAAGUUUCGCAAUGAACACGGAGAGUCACCCACCUUCGAGGACUUCUGCGAUGCGUUCUUAAAGGGCGUUUGUGGCAUGACUUAUGGCGAUCGCCCGGAUCUCAUGAGUUCCGUGUCCCACUCCGUGUCUUCGGCCUCGUCGCGUUGGGGAACUCAGGAUGCUGUGGCACUCCUUGGUGCCCUGGGACGUCGCGGCCUAGCUUUGCGCCGCGGUGGUGUCCGGGAAGGAUCCAAUCUGGAUGAGGGGGUUUUGAUGGCCGAAAGACCUUCAGGCUAUCCGACCAUCCUCACCAACAUCCGUGGCAUCGGAGGUUGUCUGAUCAAUCCUGAGCCUCAUGAGCUGAAGUCCUACUAUUCCUCAGGUCUGAAGGUCGAACUGCUGGCCACGGCACGAGGACUAGGUGGCUUUGCAGGGUUUCAUACCUCCAUCUUGAUGGCCGGUGAGGAAUAUUUCUUCAGCCCUACGGGGAUCCGAUGUUGUUCCUAUCCAAUUAGUCAUCCGAGUUUGUUGCAGGCCAUUCGGAUUGGAGUUGGCGUCAGCAAGGUGCGGUGA